AACAGAGUCAUAAAUUAUUAUAAUUUUGAAAUAAAAUGGAUUAUGAAUUUGGAUUUGGUUAAUUCUAUAACUAGGAUUUCGAAUUAGCAAUAUAUAAGAAAACAUUAGAUCAGGAUUAUAAAAAGAUUUCGUAUAAGUUUGGAACCACAAGCAGAUUAUCCCCUAACAAACUAGAAACUUAUAAUUAACAUCAUCUAUAUAACAAAUUGUUUAAGAAUGAAAAAUAGAGAAAAAGUAUAUAAGUUAAAGCUUAGACUAUUAAUCCCAAGACAGUUAAACACUUUCUAGACAAUAAAGGAAGAUUUAUCAAUUAGACUCAAAAUAAAGUCUACGAUGUAAUCAAAGGAAAAUAUUACAUCAUGUAACUUGGGCAGAUCCCACUUACUUAUAGAUCGAAUACUCCUACUUACUAGUCUUAAAGCAGAUAAUAUACUUAGACAUCAUUUUAUUAAGGGCCGAGAACUCACAGGAAAAGAUCAACAACUCCUUCAUCUUAAAGGUAAACGACUUGUGAUGAAAUUUUUAAGGCUUGUUAGAUUUAACUGAAAGAAUAAUUGGAAUUAAAAGAGACUGUAUAUAGAAUGAAGAGUUGGAGUUCGAAUCGAUAUGACAAAAAUUUUAAAAGACCUUAAAGUUGCUAUUAACAUCGAAAUCAUGAGCCAAG